AUGCCGCAAAAAAGAGACAAAAAGUCGUCCAAGGGACGUUUGGACAAGUACUAUUACUUGGCUAAGGAACAGGGUUAUCGUGCUCGUUCUGCUUUCAAGCUGGUGCAAUUGAACAAGAAAUAUGGAUUCCUGGAGAAAUCUCGAGUGCUUAUCGAUCUUUGUGCUGCACCUGGUGGUUGGCUCCAAGUCGCAAGCAAAUACAUGCCACAAUCCAGUUUGAUUAUCGGUGUGGAUUUGGCUCCCAUUAAACCUAUACCCAAUAUUGUUACAUUCCAAGAUGAUAUUACUACCGAAAAAUGUCGACAGAACUUGCGCCAAGAAAUGAAGACAUGGAAAGCAGAUGUUGUUCUCCACGAUGGUGCUCCCAACGUUGGUACAGCAUGGACACAGGAUGCUUUCUCUCAAUCCGAGCUUGUAUUGAUGUCGUUGAAGCUCGCUACUGAGUUCUUGGUCAAAGGAGGAACUUUCGUCACCAAGGUUUUCAGAUCCAAAGAUUACAACAAUUUGAUUUGGGUUUUCCAGCAAUUGUUCAGAAAGGUUGAAGCUACAAAGCCUCCUUCCUCACGUAACGUAUCUGCCGAAAUUUUCGUUGUCUGCCAGGAUUUUAUUGCGCCAAAGAAGUUGGAUCCUCGAUUCUUGGAUGCUAAAGCCGUCUUUGCUGAGUUGGAACAAGAAGAAAAGUCAAAGCAAGUUGAUAUUUUCCACCCCGAGAAACGAAAACGUCACAGAGAAGGUUACGAAGAUGGAAACUAUACCAUGCACAAGAAGGUUGAUAUCAUGGAGUUCAUCACAGCACAGGAUCCUAUUCUUGUAUUGGGUUCAUACAAUCAAUUUGUCUUUGAGUCCGAUGAAUCUAAAGUAUUGCUUAAACAUGAAUCGACAACGGAAGAUAUCAAAAUUAACGUGGAAGAUUUGAAGGUCCUCGGCAAAAAGGACUUCAAGCAAUUGCUCAAGUGGAGAUCAUCAAUUCGUGAAGAACGCAAGAUGGACAGCAAGGCAGAAAAGGCCAAAGUAGAGACCGCUGAGGUAGAGCCUGCGGAUGAUGAUGAAAUUAUCGAAGCCGAACUUGCCAAUUUGACAAAAGAAGAGGCUGCUCGUGUCAAGAGAGCUCGUCGCAAGGCUAAUGAAAAGAGAGCCAAGACAUUGCAGCGCAUGCAGCUUAACAUGGUCGUUCCCGCUGAUAUUGGUAUGGAACAAGAAGGCCCAUCUGGCCACCAAAGUCUCUUUGGUUUGUCCAAGAUCAACAAGCUUGGCGCUCUGCAAGAAGUGCGAAAGGGUGACAUGACACUUGUCGAUAAUCUUGAAAGCUUCGAUGACGAUGUUGACUAUCACGUUGACGAGGUUGAAACCAAGCCCCGUGAUCCAGAUGAAUAUGUCGAUAGCGACGAUGGCGAUUUUGAACUCGAAGAUCAACUUGAUGCUAUGUACGAGAAUUACAUUGAGCGACAGUCCGAACGUGAUGCCAAAUACAAAGUCAAGAAAAUGCGCGCAAAGGAGAAUGAAUGGAAGGGAUUCGACGCUCAAAAAGAUUCUGACGAUGAAGAAGAUGGUGACGACAGCGAGACAGGCGAGCGACGCAAAGACAAGGAUGAAGAUUUCAGCGACGACUCUGACUCGGAGUCGGAUGAAGAACCCAUUCCUACUUUGCCCAAGAAGAAAUCAAAGAACCCACUUCUUGUCGACUUGAGCAAUGAGGAAGCUGAAAUGAAGAUGAUUACCAAGACCGGAUUGACCAAGAAAGCUGCCAUGUUCUUUGAUCAAGAUGCUUUCAAGGGCAUUGAAGGUAUCGACCUUGAUGGAGACGAUGAUGAUGAAGAGGAAGAGGAAGAUGAAGAUGAAGAUAUGGCCGAACUUGACGAAGAUAGUGAGCAAGAAGCUCAAAAGGUGCCUACCUUGAAUGGCAAGAAACGCAAAGCUGAAGAACCUCUCGAAGAAGAUGACGAUGAAAGCGAUUUUGAAAUCGUUGCUGGAGCUCCAGAAGAUGAGCUGUCUCAAGAUGAAGCCUGGGAUGGUAAAGAAGAUAAAAAAUCAAAGGACGUUAGAAAGGCUCAAGAAAUCGGUCUGAUUACAGCAGAGGCCAUGACAUUGGCUAAACAGCUCGCCAAUAAGGAAAAGACGAAACAAGAUUUGAUUGACGAAGGAUUCACAAAGGAAGCUUUCCGAGACAAGCGGGCAUUGCCUCAGUGGUUCUUGGAUGAUGAAGAUAGACACAACCAGGUCAACAUUCCUGUCACGAAAGAGGCCAUUAAAGCUGUUCGCGAAAAACUCAAGGCAUUGGAUGCUCGACCCAUUAAGAAGAUUGCCGAAGCAAAGGCAAGAAAGAAGUUUAAGGCCAACCAGCGUCUAGAGAAGGCUAAGAGGAAGGCAACGGACAUUGCUGACAACCCGGACAUGUCUGAAAAAGAAAAGGCUACAUCUAUUGGCAAACUGUUACAAAGAGCCACCAAGGCCAAACCCAAGAAGGAGGUCAAAGUGGUUGUGGCCAAGGGCAGCAAUCGUGGUGUUCAGGGUCGACCUAAAGGAGUUAAGGGACGUUAUAAGAUGGUUGAUUCUCGUAUGAAGAAGGAGACUCGAGCGCUUAAGCGGAUCGCUAAAAAGAACAAGAAAAAUGGCGGAAGAAAGAAGUAG